AUGCCGCAGCCUCCGUUGAAAAGUCCAUUGAGCCAGGACAGCCAUUCGGCUUCGUUUAAAGAAGUCCGCUUCUCACACCCACGCGUUCCUGUACGCCGCACACGAUCCGUUGCGUCCGGUAACCCCUACCUAGAUUCAGCCUACCAGGUUGCUCGUGCAGCCAAAAAAGCAGUGAAAGAAACGACAUAUAAAGAAUUUGCUGUUUAUGUCGAGCAGUCUCGAUCUCUAUUGGAGAGCCAGCGAUUACACUUCGAACGUGAGCGUGUAUUAUUUGCGGAAGAACGAAAGGUAUGGGAGACGGAACGGGCAUUGCUUAAGUCGAGGAUUGCCGAGCUGGAAGCUGCGGCAGGACGAAACAAUGUUCAAUCAUAUACCGAUCAAUUCCGCCCAAGUUUUAGUCUCAAAGGUGGCGGAGUAAGCAGCGCCGGCUUAUGGCAAUCGGACGAAUUUUCGAAUGCAAGCCGAGACACACAAGAACACCACGUCUGGGAAGGACCUCUACCCAGCUCACGCCGACCGACCCGUGUUUUCCCUGGGGAAAAUGAUGUUGAUAUGAAGCCAACAUUGUAUUUGGCUCCUACCGAAGCGAAUGGGUUUGGGUUGCGUGCUUCACUCGACGCUGCACUUUCACCCCGGUUGUUUGAUCGAACGGGCCAAAUCAGCAUUCUAGUUCCAAUUGAGAAGGUCGACAGCCAACUCGAUGGUAUUACCUUGAAAUCGACGGCGCUUCCGCCAGAUGUGGUCGCCAAGGUUAUGACACCUCCAACCUCCAUCUCUCCAACAUCAUCACCCCCGAAAGAUGAACCUGACACGUCUAAACCAGCAUCUGAGGUAAAGUUACCUCUCAAAUUGAAGCUGUCUGAUCUGGGGCCGCCUGAUGAAAACCUUGUAAGAAACGCAGGCCACACGCCGAUGGAAGUCCUUGGAACGGAAAUCCUUGGCACUGAAGCCGAAGUGAGCCAUCAGUCGCCGAAUGAAGUGUCGUUAGACGAGGCAGGUAUGGUGACAGAAGAAGCUCCAUUAGCACCUGUCGUGACAAAGCAACCGGUGGAAAAUGGAGAUUCUUAUUUCCCCGUUAUGGAUGUGGAUGAUGACCCAGCCUUAAAGGGACCUCUCACAUUAGAAAACAACGAAGGAGCGGACAGCGUGUUUCUCUUACAGCUGGAUCAGAAGCUCCUUCAUGAAGCUAAGAAGGCGAUUGGAAGAUCAUUCGAUACAGAAGAAGAAGUGGAUUCGGAGGAUGACACCGCUGGCGGCGACAACGAACCAGACCCCGAAUUGAAAUUGAAGCCUUCGACAAAUUUUGGCACUGCUUUUGGACAUCGCUGA